UGGGGCUAGAAACAGAAGCUCAAGCCCCGAAAUUUCAGGAAUGCAAUGACUUGUUAUUUUCUUCGCAAGAAUUCAGAGAAGAACUUCCCUCGGAAUGGGAUCACUGCACCCCUUCCUUCUCAUGUAGGAUCAUUUAUCCAGUGAAACUGAGCAGCAUAACUAUUUCCUUCUGCAGAUGCUUAUUGAUUCUACCGAAGGAAGAGUGGGAGACUGCAGCAGCCUGUAAACCAGAACUAAAGCAGUUGUAUACAUUAGCAGUAUGCUGAAACAAUGGCACAGUACAGGCACAAAUUUUCAUUAAGGUCAUUUUUUGAAGAUAUGCUUAUUACCCUCUUUCCUUUCUACUCUGCUAACAAGUGAACAAAAUGAAUCCCUCCAACCUGGAACUGCUUCACCUGCAUUGAGAAUUUAUCAAAUCUUUAGUGGAGGGCAUGCAGCAACUAAUUCAGUUUUACAACUGACAAUAUGAAGAAUGCAGUUGACCGGGUAUCUUUCUAGCUGUAUGACCUACAAGCAGCAGGAUGCAUCACUAAAAUGUAUUCUUAAGACAUAAAGGAAUUAGAAACAAAACAUGGAACACACUUGUAUUACCAUUUAUGUGCAUGACACUUCAACAAUAUACAUGGAAGACUAAUACAUCUGCUCAGAUUUUCAUUAAAAGAAGAGUGCAAUGAUUGAUUCUUAAAAUGGUGAGCAUUAAAGAGGGAUUUAUAAUUUAAAACCAGAAUUGUGGAAACUACUGAUGCAUGAAGAAACGAUGAAACAUGAAUUCCCAGAAGGAGAAUAUACAUACUUCACCAGCAAGCUGAAUAAGGUUUUAACCAAGCUUUUUCUAUACUACUUCCUAAAUAACUUAUUUGUCAUAAUGACUAAUGGAUAUUUUUCCCUCAAUUUUAUGGUCUGUUAUGUAUUCUCCUUAAAUGAAAAUAAACCAAAUUAGGUAACUCGUGGUUACUCUGAAAGCACAUGAACUGGAUUUUAUGAUGUAUGGCAACUUCUCUGACUAAGCCAUCACUCAAAAGUAAUGAGCAGGAAUAUUACAGAAAGAAAUACGCAACCAUAAACUAAAGGAUGUCUACAUAUACCCUGAAAUCAGAAAUUCUUUUUUCUUUUUAAACCUGGAAAACAAAAACAGACUGCUACAAAAUGCAAAAGGGGAAAGAAAUUAACAUCACCUAAACGAAAGUUUAUUUGUUAUUGCUGGCUUGAAACUCAGAACAGACACACAGAAUAUGCACCGGUCUGUAAAAGUAUCUCAGGCAAUUCCGAAGUCCCCAUGUUUAAGCAGAAUUUUUUGCUGCUGAAGUGCUGGAACAAAAAAAAGAAAAAAAAAAAAGCCUGCAAGGAAUGAAAUAAGAGCCCAGCUACUACUUGGUUUCCAGGUUACAGGGCAUGUCAAAUACCUGUCAGUGACACCAUGUAUCAAUUUAUGACAAGCUGCUGCAAUGAUCUGAAAGGCCCUUGAGGCACAGAGAACAGGAGAAAAACCAGCUGCAACAAAAGAAUGUGCUUCUCCCCCAUUCUGGAAGUCAACAUGCAGUCUGAAUCUAACAUCACAGUUCGAGAUGACAUUGAUGACAUCGACACCAACAUGUACCAACCACUGUCAUAUCCAUUAAGUUUUCAAGUUUCUCUUACUGGAUUUUUGAUGCUAGAAAUUGUUUUGGGACUUGGCAGCAACCUCACUGUGCUGGUACUUUACUGUAUGAAAUCCAACUUAAUCAAUUCUGUCAGUAACAUAAUUACAAUGAACCUUCAUGUACUUGAUGUAAUAAUUUGUGUGGGAUGUAUUCCUCUAACUAUAGUUAUACUUCUGCUUUCACUGGAGAGUAACACUGCUCUCAUCUGCUGCUUCCACGAGGCUUGUGUCUCUUUUGCAAGCGUUUCAACUGCAAUCAACGUCUUUGCUAUCACUCUGGACCGAUACGACAUCUCUGUAAAACCUGCCAAUCGAAUUCUGACCAUGGGAAGGGCUGUGAUAUUAAUGACAUCAAUAUGGAUCAUUUCACUUUUUUCCUUCCUGAUUCCUUUCAUUGAAGUCAACUUUUUCAGUCUUCAAAGUGCAAGUACUUGGGAAAAUAAGACACUUCUGUGCGUGAGUACAAACGAGUACCACACUGAGUUAGGAAUGUACUACCACCUUCUCGUUCAGAUUCCGAUCUUUUUCUUCACUGUUAUAGUAAUGCUAAUUACAUACACCAAAAUACUCCAGGCUCUAAAUAUUCGGAUUGGUACAAGAUUUACCACGGGACAAAAAAAGAAAGCUAGAAAGAAAAAAACUAUUUCUUUGACCACGCAGCAUGAGACUACAGAUGUGUCCCACAGCAGUGGAGGAAAAAAUGUAGUCUUUGGUGUAAGGACUUCUGUGUCUGUCAUAAUUGCUCUACGCCGAGCUGUAAAACGGCACCGGGAGCGACGAGAACGGCAAAAGAGAGUCUUCAGAAUGUCCCUCUUGAUUAUCUCAACAUUCCUUCUCUGCUGGACACCCAUCUCUGUUUUAAACACCACCAUCUUAUGUUUGGGCCCAAGUGACCUUUUGGUAAAGUUGCGAUUAUGUUUUCUAGUAAUGGCAUACGGAACAACCAUAUUUCACCCUCUACUUUAUGCAUUCACCAGGCAAAAGUUUCAGAAAGUUCUGAAAAGUAAGAUGAAAAAGCGAGUUGUUUCAAUAGUGGAAGCAGAUCCCAUGCCAAAUAACGCUGUAAUACACAACUCAUGGAUAGAGCCUAAAAGGAACAAAAAGAUCACCUUUGAAGACAAAGAAGUAAGGCAGAAAUGUUUAGUACCUCAGGUUGUCACCGACUAGAUUUCAGUAUUCACCAAAACACAUCAAGUGGAAUAUUUGAACAAAUUGUAGAAAAAUACUGCCAAAUAAGAAAAACUUUUUUAAACUAUUGGCGAGACUGUAAAUUUUCAAUAUAUAUGUUAAACAGAGUAGGACUUGUAUAUUCAAUUUCUUCAUUAUGUAAGAUAUAUGUUGCAUGGCCGUUUGUUAGCGUAACGUGUAUAUUUGUCAAAAAUAUUCAAGUUCUCUUUUUUAGAAAAUAAAUAGCCUUAAAGAAGUGCAAACUUUUAAAAACAUUUGUAUGGCUCAGUUUCUCUACAAAUAUAAAAGGAUUUUUAAACAAAAAAUUCCACUAGGGAAUACUCUUCUAAAGCACAAUUUCAACAUUUUGCACGAUGUGGUAUUUUUUAAUUUAAUUCAUAAAUAGUAUUGAUCAGAGAUAGUCUGAAUGCUAAUACGGCUACAAGUCGGACACAUUUUUACCUUGCAUUUAAAUAACUACGUAUUUCAAAUUUCUCCAGCAUGCAAUUACCAUACACAUGUAGGCAAACUCAUUUAUGUGAUGUCCUUCAAUUAGUCUUUCUGAAUCAGUUACUUUCAAUGGGGGAAAUAAACUUCACGUGUCUUCCAAAAGUUGACAGUACUCUGAAAACAAGUGAAAAGUCUUGCGGAUACAAUCUCACAUCCACAGUUUCUUCGCAGAAAAUACACCACUUUGAAUAAUUAUACAGAAAGCGUGGAGGAGGUAAGGGGAAAAGACAGGCCAAAUGAUGGCAAAAAACACAGCCAAGAAACUUAUUGGUCUUGAUGAUAAAGACAACCAACCAACAAAGCCCUUCCUGUGCAAAGACUUACUAGAUUUUCACACUGAAGGGAUUUAGCUAUAACUCUAGUGUGACGUGGAUACCUUUCACACAGAGAUUUUUCAUUCGUACCAUCUAUCUACAGAGACAGGUCUGGCUGUCAAGUGCUGCAGCUAAAGUAGAAGAUAAUUUUCUUACCCUCAAUAACUUUUGUAUUAUUUUGACUUUAUUUCUCCUUCGAUGAUAUUCCCUUCUAGCCAUGCAACUGCUUUGCCACAAACCAAUCACCAACAUUGAUAGCUACCCUAUUUCUGUAUUUCCUGGACGGUCAUGGUGUAUACCAUCAUACUACAUCCUCUUUUUCUAUUUCAUCUUAUACCUGCAAUGAAGAAUCAAGAAGCCUUA